UCUGAAGACUCACUCUUCUUUCUGACUGCUAUAUUGUUUGAUUGAUGAUGGAGAGCUCUGUAUUGGAAAAGUUGUUUUGGAUGGAAGAAGCUGCAGAUCCUCUCCAAGGUAUAUGGAUGUUGAUAUAACAUCUUCAAAGUUCUCCUAUACCAUGUUUAAAGAAUUAGCCCAAUUCAUGGAGCUGAAAGAGCAAGCUGUUGAUAUCCUGGCAGUUGUUAUCUCUGUGUUACCAAUAAAUAGUUUCACAAAUGAAUUUGGACCUGGCAAAGUGCAGGAUUUUGUGAUCAUCAAUGAAGAAAAUAUACCUCUCCAACUAUCAAUGUUCAAUAAGUUUAUAGACAUUGAAGGCCAACAGAUAGCAGAAACCAUAAACAACUUCCCGGUUAUCAUUUGCCGAAGGCUGAAGGUUAAGUUUUUCAAUGGGGUUACCCUGUCUACUAGGCUGGAUUCAACUAUUCUGGUCGAUCCUCCUGCUCAUGAAGCUAGGCAACUUAAGAUCUGGGCUGGACAGAAUGCACUGCUUUUUUCUCAGAUCAUUAAAGAAAAAUCUUAUACUCGAUACAACCCAGAUCUCUUUCUACAAUCUCCUCAGAAGUUUACUCUCAUUUUUUAUUUGCAACCAACUCAGAAGUUUGCUUGGGUCAAGGCUUCUUUAUCAUUCCAAAACAUUUUCCAGCGUUACUGGUAUAUGGCAUGUAAGAAAUGCUACAAAGCAACUGAUGCUUUUCAUGGACAUCCAUACUUAUGUAACAAAUGUUCUGAAUACCAGGAAGCUGUACCAAGAUGCCGUUUUGAUGUUAAUCUUGCUGAUAACACUGGAAACGUAACAGCUACUUUAUUUGGUGAAUUAGCUGAGAAGCUUUUGACUUACUCUGCUCUGGAUGCCAUGCAGUACUUUAUUAGAAAUGUUGAGCUUCCAUUGGAACAUGUCCACGAAGCUCUGAAAACUAAACUGUUUGCGGUCCAGAUACAGCCAGCUCAGAGCCGCUAUGGAUAUCUCCAGCAACGCUACACUGUUGUGCAUUUUUAUGAAGAAAAUCAGGGUGAAGAGAAUAAGAGCCCUUCGACAAGCAUCUGCAUCAAUAUGGCAAGCAAUUUCGAUGAAACAGACAAUCUUGGAGUAACCAGCCCUCUAGCCAGCUUCGAAACUGCUCAGAUUAGCACCACCAAGAAAACAAAAUUAGCAUGAUGUUGGUUAUGUAUCUUUAUGCUUUUGGUUAUGUAUCUAGUAAAUGCCGGUGAUGCCAAACCAUUGGAUGAACAUGUUUUUGUUUUACAAUGGACUGCUCUUCGAAAAGUAUCUUACAGUAUUUCU